AUGUCGUCGACGACGACGACCACUGAAGCGACAGCAACCACUACUUUUCCAACGGACCCUGAGAAGGACUACAGCGAACAGACGAGGUCAAUAUUAUCCACUCCCACGCAGGAUCAUUCAACCGAAACCACAACUUCGUCGAGGGAUGUCGAGCUCAUUCCAAAGACCACAGUGCAGAGCGAUUUCAACGAGUUCUCCGACAGUGACACCGAUGAGACCACGGCGAACACCGUCACCGCCAGGAACGACAGCGACGAUGUCGAACUCGAUGCUGCUGCGGGAAAACAAACGCCGUCGACGAGCACAGCAACGACUCCGUUUUUUGAUUCGGCUGAGAAUGAAGUCAACUUCGUGGAUCUGGGUGCAAUCAGUAUUUGGCAUCAUACGUAA